CCGGAAGUGCUAAAAAUCCAGGGUGAAUACUGUAGUCCCAGUACAUUGUCUGAGUCUGAACUGCGGUGAGGCGUUUGGGAGAGUGGAAGAGAGAGAAACAUCGAUGUGAGAGAGAAACAUAGGCUGCUUGCCAUAUGCACCCUGCCCAGGGAUUGAACCUGCCUAGAUAUGUGCCCUCAUGGAAUGAAACCUGCAACUUUUUGGUGCACAGGACAAUAAUCCAACCAAAUCUGCCAGGAUUUUCACCCAUGAGUACAGGAGCUAGCAUCAGCUCCCUCUUACUCCGUCGACAUCUUCCCAGCAUCUCUGUAUCUUUCAUUCUGAGAAAUGCUGGAUAACCGAUGGAUUAGUGCGCUGCUUCUAUAUAGAUCUGCCAGGAUUUUCACCCACCAGUACGGGAGCUAGAAUCUAUUCCGUCCUACUCCGUCACCAUCUUCCCAGCUUCCUAUAUGUAUUCUAGGAGAACUAAAACUUUUUCACCUAUAACUUAGAAGCCAAAUAACAAAAUGAAGCCAGUAAAACAUCUGUUGUCCUCUAGUAAUAAACUGGCAAAUGUUCCAGAAUUAAGUUACAGAAAAGGAGUACUUAAUUCAUCAUUGUCACCUAAACCAAAGGAAAAACAAAGUUCAAAAUUAGUACGUGAUAAACUUGAACCAAUGGUUUUAAGAUCUCCACCAAUGGGAGAAUCCAUUGUGAGGUAUGCUUUGCCCAUUCCAUCAAGUCAGACAAAGGAGUUAAUAGCAGAAAAUGAAUUGCUCAGGAAAAUUACCAAGCACCUGAAGAUGGUUGUUUCUACUUUGGAAGAAACUUAUGGAAUUGGCAAUGAAAAUGUAGAAAAACCAGUUGUGAAGGCUAAACAUGAAGAAUUCUCUUUAUCUGUUGGGGAUGAUCUGAAUUCAUUCAUGGCAUGUUCACAGUUUGCAGCUCAGUUAGAAGAAGCAGUUAAAGAGGAACAUCAUGUAAGUAAAGAUCAAAGUCUUUCAGAUGCAGAGUUGCCAACCCCUGAUAAAGCAGCCACUUUGAGUGUCACACAAGCCGUGAAGUGUGUGCAAAAUCUUGAAGAGCUGAAAAGUCACCUUAAAGAUGGAUCCGAAAGCUCUGCUAAAGUCAUGUUAUAUAAGCCCGAGAAUAGUGAAAAUCUACCAAAAGCAGUACAAGAUGAUGAAAAUGUACUGCAGAAAAUUGAAGAAUUCAUAAAAACCCACUCAGCUGUAGGACUUACAGAUAUUUCUGAAACUGAGCCACAACUUACUUAUUCAGUAACUAAUCGAUUGAAUGCCAUGUUGAAAAUAUUUGAAAAACAGUCAAAUAUGUUGGACAGAGCUAAGAAUGAUCAAAUUCUGUUAGAAACUAAAUACAAAAGGAUGGAAAAUGAUUUCCAGAUUUUAUCAGAGGAGAAAUCAGUGUUGGAAAAUGAACUUCAAACCUUAAGAAAUAAAGAGAAAAUAGCUUGUGCUCUGGAAACUGAGAACAAAGUCCUUCAUGAACAACUGAAACAAGCUUUACAGGAAACCGAAAAAACUAAGCAUCAACUAAAGUAUUUCCUAAACCAAAGGGAGUUACUUAAAAGUGAUGGGAAGACUGAGAUCAUCCAGGAGACCAUCCAGGAGACCAUCAUGGAAAGAAGAAUAAGUAAAACAGAAGUAAGUGAGGACUCAGAAUCUAUACCAUUGGAGAAAGAAGCAAGAAAAGCACAAGUUGCAGAUCCAAGUGGACAAAAGGAAAAUGCUAAAAUUCAAGAACAUUCAGAGAUCUCAAUUGUCCACAGUGGAAGCCCAGUUGGAAACAGAUCCGAAUGGAACUUCUGAAAUACAUCGGAAAAGCCUUCUGAACCUUCAGAGUGUGGAUAGGAAUGAAGCAAGGAGAUCCCACCUGAGGAGACGCAUGGUGCUGCUUACAAUAAAGUACAUUUCUCGGCACUUUACAAAAUUAGUAAUUUAUUUUGGCUUAGGAAAUAAGUUAGUGGCAAAUAUUUAAUCAAACACAAUUGAUAUUAGUAAUUUGGUGUUACACAUCAUAUGCAUCAUUAGCUUUUCUUAAGUGAUUAACAACAUUGAA